ACAGACCAAAAUCCAGAAUGAAGAAGAAUCACAGAUGACAUUCAGAUUCCAAAGAAGAAACUUUUAAUUAACAGAACCCUUUCCUCCAAAUCACUCUUUCAAAGAACAUAAUUCAUCUAUCUAAUGUUACAUUAAGAUUUCAAAGAUAUCAUCAUAAAGGUGAUCAAAUCAUAUUAGUCCUACUCAAAGGUCACAUCACCAAUCUUUCUUUUUCCUACUAGAGACAAUUUCUCUCUUUCCCUUUCCUUGAAAAGAUCACCCUCAGAUUUUAGGCUCUUAACUGAGACAUUGACACUAAUGCACCCCCGGUACAUGGUAGCCUAAAGCACCCUUUCCCAAAAGCAUUUCAACUAGUAUAUAGAGAGGGAACACCACACCAAAAGAAUCAUCACUUCCAUUUCAGGUUUGACAAAUUUGGAUGCACUUUACAAAGAUGUGUUACUAUCAAAGUUUUGAAAGCAGUACAUGAUUACAAUUUCUGUCAUAACAUUAAUAGUGUAACCUGUUUUGUUUGAAGUUUUCAAAUAUGAAAAAAGUAUAAAUUAUUUAAAGUAAUUUUGAGAUGUAGCUAGUGCCUUCUUGGUUAUUGUUAGUGACUGACGAACCUCUUCCUCACGCCACAGCAAGGGAAGAGGUAGUGUUUGCAUGAGGGCUUUGAGUAGAAAGCAAGCAAAAGAAAAAGGGUUUAUAAAACCAAACUUUCAUCUUUUCCAAUGACGAAGUAAGCAUAUAUACCAACAUGAAAUGCAGUUAUAAAAACUCCCUGAAAAGGACAUUGUUGAGCCGGUGAGCCAAUUCCCAUAAAAUACUCGCAUUUGUGACACCUUUUCUGAACUUUUGGCAUGCCUUCAUGCUCACAUCUCCAACCAAGGAUCACUGUGCAUCAAAGUUGUGUCACCCAAAGAAUCAAUCUUUAUCCCAAACAGAACCCCCUUGUCUACUCUUCCUUUACUCUGGUCAAUUCUUGAGCCUGUCCAAAAGCCCAUGUAUUAUUUAUAUAAAAACCUAAACCUCACAUUGUUCCACCUUUGAGUCUUUCAGUGCACUGAAAUUGGAGUGGAACAGUGAAGCCAUAAUCAGAAGCCUCUUUCUUCACAUCUUGUGGCAUUACAGAAACUAAAACUGCAAGUGGGGUCAUGGCCAUGGAAACAAGAAGAGUAAGAAAAAGUGUUAUGAUACUUCUCCUCUACCUGACUUUCUCUGCCAUUUCUCUCACUCAAUGUGAUGCAGAUAGAUCAAUGAGGGUAUUAAGAGGCCCCAGAGAUAAAAGAAAUUCAAGCAACAACAAAAUCUCAAAGAAGUUGAAAACAGUUAAGAAUUUAGUUGAGAAUCCAACCGUUUUCUCAUCAAAUGUAGAACCCUACAGUCUUAGCUCACCAUUCUCUUUGCCUCCUUAUGAAUCAUUGGCUCCAAUUCCACUGCCAGAAAACAGCCCUCCAUUUUGUGUGUUCCCACCACCAGGCAUUCCUUCCACCACCAUGCCAACCCCCACAGGCUUUCAACCCACAACACCAUCACCACCAGACUUUUACACUUCACCGGUUAUCCCAACCCAAAACCCCCCUCCAAACCCCCUGAUCAUAACACCAGGCCCACCCACUAUCACGCCGGGCUCACCUGAGCCCGUGCUCAAUCCUCCCAUCAUUAUCCCAAGCCCACCAGAUACCUCAAUGGGCCCACCUUACUUUGAGCCCAGCCCACCCUACUUUGAGCCCACCCCACCUUUCAUAAUCCCUUCCCCCACAGGUGGCAUUACCCCGGGCCCCCCAAUCAUAAUCCCUUCCCCCACAGAGGGCACUCUCCCAAGCCCACCAAGCACUGUACCAUCCCCCACUGAAGGCACUCUCCCCAGCCCAGGUGUGUUUCAGCCACCUGUGGUGUACCCUCCACCAAGUGUGCCACCACCACCCAACUAUGCCCCAAGGACCACCUUGUGGUGUGUGGCUAAACCCUCGGUUCCAGACCCAAUCAUCCAAGAGGCCAUGAACUAUGCCUGCUGGUCUGGAGCAGAUUGCACCUCAAUUCAGCCCAAUGGGCCCUGCUAUGAGCCCAAUACUGUGUAUGCACAUGCUUCGUAUGCUUUCAAUAGUUAUUGGCAAAGGACUAAAGGUGCUGGAGGCAAUUGUGAGUUUGGAGGAACAGCCAUGCUAGUUGCUGUUGACCCUAGCUUCGAUGGGUGUCAUUUCAUCUACAACUGAUAGAUGUUUUUUGACCCUAACAAUGCAACUUUUGAAUUCCCCAAUGUUUGAAGAGUGAAGACUCUCUUUUCAUAAUCCCCCUCUCUUUUUUCUUUUCUUCUAUGCUAAUAAGUUACAUAUGUAUGAAUGCCACAGUGACACGCAAAGAUUUUGCAUUUUGUAAGUAAUGUAUAUCAUCAUAUUGUAAUUUCUCGUCACCGUUUGAUUAAAUUAACUCCUUGACACUACCUCCAAAAAGAUAACCUUGUACAACAAAAUACAUUAUA